AUGGCAGAUCCUGCUGUAACAAUUCUGUCCAAGAUCCUCCGUGGGCAUGUAGAUGACCUACUCCAUGAUUCAUCGCCGUAUGAGUUGCUGAUAGGUGACAAAAUCAAUGACAAUUUGCUUCAAAGAGCCAGGACCAGAUUGUGGGCCAAGUGGCAGGACUUACUGUCCAGUACUGGUAGCGAUGUCACGGCAAAUGUCAUUACGGAGAUUGAACUUACCAGAGCUGCGGUCGUGAUAGCCCAUGCUGUAGUUAAUCCCCUGCGGGCAGAUUUAGAUGUAGAUCGGCACGGAAGGAUUCUCGCUUGGUAUUUGCCAGAAAUCAUGGUGCCUGAUAGAAUGGAUCGUGUCAACCAGUCCAUCAAAUUGCUGAGACCUGCCUUAGAUCAGUCUUUGCCCAAGCCAACUCAGAAGGCAAAGCAGCCUUGGCGUUCUCAAGGAUUUGUCAUGCCUUCAGCUGAACAUUUGUGGUCCACUAUCACCAGUGUUAUUGCGCCAGAUCAAUAUCAGGCCGGCGUGGAAUCAGUUGCUAAUAUGAAGGAUAUGAGUUUUCUGGAUUGGAAGUUAUCGUCAAUCGAGAGACCCCAAGUCAUCGAGACCCUGGAGCUGUCGCCUUCAUUUUAUGACCUUUUGGUGAGCCUUGGCAAAGCUCACCAUGCCAUACUAGCUCUGCCAGAUCUGGGUGCCGAGCUAGCAUAUCCCCCUGGCACUAUGGUUUACAUUUUAGGAAAGGUGCUGGAGCAUGGGGUGCCGAAGUGGGGCGAUGGGGAGAGAAUUGUAAUUGCCCACUUUGUCAAGGAUAAAGUACACGAUAGGCUUGGUGUACCGAGACCAAAGUAUCCGGACCAGCGGGAUUUUCUGAAUAGAGUGGGGGCAGGAAUCUUUCCUCGGUCUAAGCACUAUGUCCUCAAAAAAACAGCCAGCAGUCUCAAGGCUAUUUCUUAUUCUUUCCAAGAUAGAGGAAAGUUAUCACAAAAAAAGGAUCUGGAUGUUGAUUAUGUUACUCACCAACCUACAAGAGACAGAAAGGGAAAGCCCUCUUGGGUUGAGUCUUGUGCUGAUGCGCUGUAUGAAACUUUGCCAGAGCAUACCACCAGCCCAAGGAAACGAGCCAGAGCAGUAGAUGCAGAAUCACCAGACAUCCCAGAAGAUGAUUUAAACCAAGAAAUGUUUGGUGACUUUGCUAUUGACGGAGAGGCUCCUGAGCAAGGGAGAAAAACAAAGACACAAAAUGACUUCAUAGCAGAGUAUCUCACCCACCGAGACACAUAUCUAGAUGUCAUCUUGGACUUAGAGAAAUUUGCCACAGGGAUCUCUUGGUGUCAGCCUUGCCUCCUCAAAUCACAUCAGUCAUUGCCUUUCCACAAAAUCCAAUUGUGGAACGGCAAGUGCUUCGAGGACGACACUCUUGCUGACCAAGGAUUUAUAUGCUGCUCCAAGCAGGACUAUUUCCUGCCAGUACCACACAGCCCUAGGACUGCUUUCACCUUCGAGGUACUGGAUCAUUUUCUCAUUGAUGCCUUGGAAUGCAAGACUUCAGCAAUGAGCUUCUUUGAGAAAAUCAGACGGCUGACAAAUAAUGCUUUCCCGGACACUGUCCCAGAUCGCUAUCGAGAACUCAUGAGAGUAUCUCGACUCUGGCGGGACUUGAAGAACCGUAAAUGGUUUGGAUUUGGCCAUGACAAGGAAGCGCCCCCUAGUGCAGGAGAUCUUGCCCUAUUUUGCCCUUCAUGUCCACAGCCCGGAAUCAAUAUGCCUCUUGUUUGGGAGCAACAGUAUGAAAGGCAACUGAGUCCUGGCCGGUACCUCUGGUACACAGCUCAGAGCCAGUGCCAGCUGACCAUUUGUGUAGACUGGCCGGUACCUCUGGUACACAGCUCAGAGUCGGUGCUGGCCGACUAUUUGUGGCUUGUUAUGAAAAGAUUGGUGGUAGAUGGAAAUUUUACUGCUCAGCAUAUGAACAUGCGACAGCCUGAGCUUGACGUCUUCCUGUCAGAUGGUUUAGGUUAUAUGGUAACAGACAGAGAAUACCAAGCACACUUGACUUCGGCUAUAGAGAGUAAAGAGUGGAACCUUAACUUUGGUCAACGUGUUGCCAACUGCCCUGGCUUGGCACUCCCAGACAACACCAAGAUUGUGGCUGCGGUGGGGAAAUUUCACUUGAGCACUCAUAAACUUGCCUGUUUUGCUAGAUACAGCUUAAACUUCAUUCAAGGAGCUGGACAAGUUGAUGGGGAAAUUCUGGAGACACUCUGGGCUCCCUUUAACAAGAUAUCUCCCACAGCACGUUCUAUGAGCCAAGCUCACCGUCAAGAAAUUCUUGAUGAUCACAUGCGUAACUCAAAUUGGAGAAAACUUGUCAGAAUAGUUAAGACGCUCUUGAGAAAGUACAAACGGGCCAACAAGGGCAUUGAAGACACUAGGCUGCCGUUUGAAGAGCUUACCGGAUCUUUGGAUGUCAUCAAAGUGAGGGCAUGGGAAAAAGAUGAGGAGAAGGCAAAGGAUGAGCGCGGAGAACAUCUUGACAUCUACCAGCUAAAAAUAGAUAAAGGAAAGUUGGGAUCAAUUUCUUGGCUCAUUGAUGGCAUCAAUAUAGAGGAUUCGCAGGAUGCACUGAGGAUAGCUAUUCGGCAGCUUCCCAAAGAUGCUUCUGCUGUUCAAAGGGCUGCACUUCAAGAGAAACGACAAAAACUGGCUGCUCGUAUUUCUAAAUUUCAUGAAAUUGCUGAUGCUAUGACAGAGGGCAUUGAAGUCCAUGCAGAUGCGGUGGAGGAAGUAUGGGAGGCUGCAGAUAUUGAAGAUGUGUUGGAAGAGAUGGAUGAGGCAGUUCCUGCAGAAGUCAUGGCCAUUUGGAUGCCAUCUUCAGUGCCUCGAAAUGAGGCUUUAGCCCUGGGCUUGCACACUCUGCAAGCUGAAGAACUGGAGUUACGAAAGGGUCAAGCGAAUGAUUGCUUGGAAAAGUUGCGACAAGCUCUCGGUCAUAAAGCAAUAAUUUACCGUCAGCAUUUCCGAAGUGCAGAUUCCACAUGGACAGGAACCAGGUCAAAGCAGGAGGCUCUUCAAUGCCGUAUCAAGAUAGAGAAGUGUGUCCGAAGGUAUCAAAGGGCUAGGAGUUCAAUUCAGAGACUAGGGGCUGAUGAAGAUACUCUGACGACGAUCUAUCAAGACAUUCAGCUACACCAGCUCAGUGUUGACAAGGAAGUGACUGAAGAGAACAGAUAUGGGCAGGGAUCAGACAGACUGGCUUGGUUUUGGAGAGUCAACAACGGUCAUGAUUUGAAGGAAGAUGUGUGGAUGGAUGAAUUCUACAGGGUAAAUUGGUUGAAAGCUAAGGCUAGAUGGCAAAGGUGGGAGGAAGAGUUGAGAUUGGUCCAACACGAAAUGGGUUGGACAGUGCUCUUGUGGGGAAGAUUUGCAUUGGAUGCUGAAAAUUCAUUCAAAGACAAGUUGAUUGUAGUCACUUAA